CCGUACGACGAGUGAAAGUCUUCUGCAACACGGCGGUUUCCUUCUGCAGGGAAGGUUCACCGACUUCACAGGAGAUUUUUACCGAGUAACUGUGGAGUUAUGAGCAACUCAAAUGACUUGAAAAAACGUAAAUAUCAUUCUGAAUCUCACCUUCAGACACUCAACAGCGGGCAUGAUGAUGAAAUGCAAGUGCUCGGCUUCGAGAGGAGCACGGUGGGGAGCUUCCUGACUUACGUGACGUUUAUUGUAACUAUCGGUUGCGUUAGAUUACUUUUUCACUGGUAUCCACAGCUGUAUUUGUACGCAACUCAUAGAAAAUGUCCUCUGAGCCGAGCUACGAAACUAUUGAUUAUCGACGAUUAUCAGGGAAAGUACAAAUCGUACUUUGUCAAAGAUCUGAGGACCGUCUCUACGAAGAAUUUGAGCGAAAAAUCGGUGAGUGAGACGCUGGGUAAAAUAGAAGAAGAUCUGAUAAAAAAAAUCGAAGGGCGAAAGUUGACAAUAAAAUUGGAAAAUGGCACAUUACGAGAAGUCGAGGAGUACAAGGCAUUCUGGUGUAAAAAACAAUGCUACAUUUGGGACACGAAGAAGAGUGAAUUCUCAAAGCUAAUCGGCCUAGACAAGCACGUACUAUGCGCCGAUCUUCACGAGGCCAAAGGUUUAUCCAGAGAGGAACAAUUGUUGAGGAGGAUCGUUUACGGCAACAAUGAAAUACUAGUACCAGUGCAGAGCAUAGGCGUUCUACUAUUGUUGGAAUGCAUAAACCCGUUCUAUAUUUUUCAAGUAUUCACCUUGGCAGUGUGGUUUGCCGAAGGAUACAUCUAUUACACGAUCGCAAUUAUCGGCAUGUCUUUGUUCGGUAUAAUCAGUUCGAUAAUUCAGACGCGCAAGAAUCAGAAGAACCUCCACGGCACCGUCGCUUCCUCAGAGAAUGUGAGAGUUUGGAGAGGACCAGGAGUGUUCGAGACCAUUUCGAGCUCGGAACUGGUCCCCGGGGACGUUAUUGAACUGCCAAAAUAUCAAGGGAUCGUUGUCUGUGACGCGGUUCUACUCACAGGGCAAUGCAUACUGAACGAGUCCAUGUUGACAGGUGAAUCCGUACCCGUUACAAAGACACCUUUGCCUCGGCACGCAGUUGUCUACGAUCCAAAAAGCUGCGCCCAACACACGCUGUACAGUGGAACGUUGAUAAUACAGACAAGGUACUACGGCGGUGGACCGGUUUUAGCCAAGGUUGUCAGAACUGGACUAGAAACGAGCAGAGGAGCCCUGGUAGCGGCUAUUUUAUACCCACCACCUGCAGAUUUCAAAUUUGACCAAGACUCGUACAAAUUCAUCGCCAUUCUAGCUGUCAUAGCAACGUGCGGUUUCACCUACACCAUUGUCAGCAAGAUAUCCCGUGGAACGACCGCCGGAGAUAUUGCGAUAAAGGCGUUGGACAUAAUUACGAUUGUGAUUCCACCUGCGUUGCCUGCGGCAAUGACAGUCGGGAAGUUGUACGCUCAGGCGAGAUUGAAAUGCGAGCAAAUAUACUGCAUUAAUAGCAGAGUCAUCAACGUUGCCGGGAGCUUGAACUGCGUUUGCUUCGACAAGACAGGAACUCUGACCGAGGAUGGAUUGGACAUGUGGGGAAUCGUGCCAAGUAAGGAUGGAGUUCUCGGAGGACCCGUCAAGGAUGUGCCAUCGCUGAAAACUCAUCCGAUAUUCGAAGGCAUGCUGGUCUGUCACAGCCUAACGUUGAUCGGGGGUGAGCUGUGCGGAGAUCCUUUGGACGUCAAGAUGUUCGAGAGCACCAGAUGGAUUCUCGAGGAACCGGAAAUAGAGGACAUCAGCAAGUACGACCAGCUGGUGCCGACCAUUGUGAGACCUCCAAAGAACGAGAACCUUACAGAAAAUAUAAACGGAAUUUCGGAAAUAGGGAUCGUGCAUCAGUAUCACUUUUCUAGCACGUUACAAAGGAUGUCGGUGAUCGUCAGGGUGCUGGGGUCCGACCGUUUUUUGGCGUACACAAAGGGAUCCCCCGAGAUGAUACUCAGCUUGAGUAAAUCCGACUCCAUACCAAGGAAUAUUACCGAAGCUUUGCAGCGGUACACCGAACAGGGGUACAGAGUCAUUGCUCUUGCUCGUACAUCCGUUGAAGGCAAUUACGCUAAGAUUCAGAGAAUGUCAAGAGAUCAAGUGGAAAAAAAUUUGGAAUUCCUCGGGUUGGUUGUACUGGAAAAUCGUUUAAAAAAGCCGACGGUCGAGGUCAUAAAAGAGCUGAGGGAAGCCGAGAUCGGCGUCGUAAUGGUAACAGGAGACAAUAUCCAAACUGCUGUCAGUGUUGCGAAAGACUGUGGUAUAUUAUCGCCUUUCGAAACUGUAAUUGACGUGACCGUUGUACCAGGAAAUUUGAAAUCUCAGCCUGAAAUAUUUUUCAACGCCCAAGGAGCGCCCGCCAAAAUGAAAAUACAGAAUAAACAAUUGAUGAUACGAACACUGGAUGCAAUCGAGCGAGGAAUCGACGUUGAUGGCUACAGAUUCGCUUUAACUGGUCAAACUUGGGCCCUACUACGAGAACACUAUCCCGAAAUACUUUCACGAAUAUGUGUCAGAGGUGCUGUAUUCGCUCGAAUGACCAGCGAUCAGAAACAGCAACUUGUCCUGGAACUGAUGCAACUCGGGUACUACGUUGCAAUGUGCGGAGACGGCGCCAACGAUUGCGGAGCUUUGAAGGCAGCCCAUGCAGGAGUGUCUCUUUCGGAAUCCGAGUCUAGCGUUGCGAGCCCGUUCACAUCACGCACACCGGACAUAAGAUGCAUGCUCCAAGUGAUAAGACAAGGAAGAGCAGCGUUAGUCACAUCGUUUGGGAUAUUCAAAUUCAUGGUUGCCUAUUCACUGACGGAAUUCUUGUCCGUAGUAAUACUGUACUCGAUCGAUUCCAAUUUGACGGAUUUGCAAUUUUUGUUCAUCGACAUUUGCUUGAUAGUGAACUUUGCGUUUUUCUUCGGCAAAACACAGGCCUACGAGGGCAAACUGGCGAAAGAACCACCGAGUACGAGCCUGCUCAGUUUUACACCCUUGCUAUCUCUGAUAUUCCUGAUGUUCAUUAUGACCGUGUUCCAAAGCGUCGCGUUUUACGUGGUUCAACGCUUCUCGUGGUUCGUUCCUUUCAAGUAUUCCGAGAAAGUCGGCUACACGUGUUACCAAAACUAUUCGGUCUUCUGCGUUUCCAUGUUUCAGUACAUAACAAUGGCGGUCGUGUUCUCGCGUGGCCAGCCCUACAGAAAACCGAUUUACACGAACACGGCAUUCACGAUGUCGAUAUUACUCCUGAUCGGCGUAUGCGUUUACAUCACUCUGUAUCCGGCUAAUUGGGUAAUAAACGCGUUACAGUUGAUCUUGCCUCCGAAUUACGAAUGGCGGUUUGGAAUACUGGUGCUCUCGUGCGCAAACUUUCUCGUCUGCUUGUUCUUCGAGUCAUUCGUGAUCGAAUAUCUUAUCGAGAAAAAGCUUCGGCCGAGAUUUUACCGACCCGAAAAGUCUAAGAAACAAUAUUUGGCCAUCGGCCACUAUCUUAGGAACACUUUAACGUGGCCCCGGCUGAGUCCACUGCGUCCAGUCUUGCCGAUCACUCCCAGCGUCGGAAAUAUUUCUGACAUACCGGGUAACGAAAGCAUUUCCGGUGUUGAACCGAUCACGAAAAACGGUAAAUCUGGUACUUUCACCGCAAUGCCUGCUGCACAAGACGUACAAGUCCAAAGUGCUAACGGGAUAGAAAAUGUAGCAUUUGUCAAUGAUGAAAAGGAAGAUAAGGAAAAUAUGAUGACUAAAUGCUGAGCAUAAUUGUUAUACAAAUUGUGGGAAAAUCCGACAAAGUUAAUACGACAUAAUAAAUUUUCACCCACGAAGAAUUUCUUCUUUUUUUUUUUUUGCAUCAACGCCUGGCGUUGUUACAAUACGAUUGUACUUUUUUGCUAACUGCAGCCGGUGAUGACUGGUGCAGUCUUACGAUAAUACAGGAGUCACACCGACAUACCCAGAAUGCAACAUCAUUAGUCGAAAAAAUGAAAAAAAAAGUCAUCAUAUUCUCAAUUCGAACCU